CAACGAUUUGGCAUCGACGUUUUUCCAUCUCUAUUUGCUGCUCGCUGAAGGAAAAUAAAAUUAACCAGGAGCGCAAAAACGCGUAUCGCAAGUUAUCAGCAACAAACAGACCAACGGGAUCGAAAAGGCCCGACUUCCACGCAGAGAGGAACCAAAGAGGGCCAGGAAUAGUUUUAGUCACAUCUCAUAAAUCCCACAACGUUUUCAAUAAGCAAGCAUACAUAAAUGGUUUCUACUUUCAUUGGUCUAUUAGACAUUCAAUCAUGGUGGGAGAUACCGUGUAUUUCGCAUUUCUGUUCAUUGUUUAGUUCCGCCUUUGAUCUGCCCGACAUCGACAUCGAGGACCUCGAAUCGGCGCUGCUUUCCGAUGGUACCAGCGAUGAGGAUCAGGUCGCCUUAGUGCCCGAGUUAAUUGUGCGCCUGCUCAAAGGCUGCGAUGCGCUACAGUCGGUAGCCAAAGAAAUCACACACAGCAACUAUCAGAUGUUCUUGCGUCGCUUCCUGCGUCAACAGUGUCGCCUGCACCAGACCGAGAACCACUUCGACACGGACAUUGACUUCCAGUCGCUGCCCGUCCGCAAGCGCCUGCACAUCCUGCACGACCUGUGCCACUUUCGCCUAGAUUCGGCCGAUGUGCAGGUCAUCCUCAGCAAUCUAGAGGCGGACAGUCUGCGCGUGGAGCCUCUGGGCUACGACGCCAAGAACUCCGGCUACUGGUAUUUCUACGGCACACGACUCUAUCGCGAGGACAAGGCCGCGGCAGCCUCCAGUUCGAGUUCGUCGAGUUCGGGAUCCGGAGGUGACGGAUCAGCCUCUUCUGGCGGAAUAUCGAACACCAAGGGUGUCGGUAGCAACGGCACCGUCUGGCAGGUCAUCUGCUUCACCGAGGAGGACUGGCAGAACUUGGCCGCCAAGUUCAAGACCUCGACAAACGCCAAGGAGCGCGAACUUUUCCACAUACUCGAUGACAACUUUCUGCCCAAGCUUCCGCAGCUAUUCCGCGAGCGUGAGCGUUUGAGGCGCAGAAAACUCCUGCAAGUGCGUAACUCCAGUCGCAUUCGUAAUAUAGCUGAGUUAAAGGCGCGCCAGGAGGAGGAACGCAAGCGACGCGAACGGGAGAACCUGUACCCGGAGCGGCAAAACGGACACUGGCUAACACCGCGGCAGCAGCAACAACAACAACAGCAACAGCAGCAACAACAACAGCAGCAACAACAACAGCAGCAGCAAUCCCAGCAGCGCACACGCAGACGAUCCCAGUCAACAUCGACGGCUAGUGGUAUUUCAACAUACGCAAGCUCCCUCAGACGAACAACCACAACUAAUUCGAGCGAAUUUCUGUGCCACAGGGAAACCUUCUGCCUCUCGCCAGAAAACGACGAAGACGACGACGACGAGGCCCUUGAGGCGGAGCAGCACCCAAAUCAGCCAGAGCAAACAGAACAGCAGCCGCGUGAGGAGGAGCAGCAACAGGAACCGGAGGAAUUAUUAGCUGCCUCAGCAACUGGCGACGAUUUUCGCUCUCCAGAAACACCAAAAUCGCAAACGCCGGCGGAAUUGAAGAGCAAGAGCGGCCACCACCACCAUCAUCAUCAUCACCACCACAAGAAGAAAAAAUCGGGCAAGAAGCAGAAGAAGCGACACCAUCGGGAUAGAGAUCGUGAGCGAGAUCGCGAACACCAUCAUCAUCAUCGGCGGCGACACAAGUAUGCUUCAGAAGCAGACGAGGGCGAGGACGACAACAAUAACCACAACAGCAACAGCAAUAGCAACAGUAACACCAAUAGCACCAGCAGCAACAACAGUGCCCAGCCAAAGCGACGACGCAGUGGCCACCAGCAACAUCAGCCAGAGCCACGAGAACCCACGACAUCUCUAAGUCCCGAGGACAAGGAGAACUUUUGUAGGCAGCUGCAGCUUUUGGACACAAAUUCGGCGGCCAUAGCGGUGGCCACUAGUAUUGCUGAUCUCAGUCUGCCCUCGCCGGUGGCACAUGAGAGUGAAACGGAGCAGGACGAGCAGGUUGAUCAGCCGGCAGCAGCGGAACCAGAGCCCCCAGCAAUAGCUCAUUCAAUGGCGCCAGCGGCCAAUGUUAAGUUGCCAGGCAGGCAGACAAAUAAUUCGCUGAGUUCGCUUACCGGAAACAUAUUCAUACCGGGAGGAAGCGCCCAACAACAACAGCAGCAGCAUCAGCAACAACAAUCCCAGCAGCAUCAGUCGCAGGAACCGCAGAGCAGUAGUAGCAGCAGCCAUAGUGCCACCUCCGCCAGCACCGUGCGUUCAAAGAAACAAAAGGCCGUGCUGAACAGCAGCGGGAGCAGCAGCAGCAGCAAAGUGGCGGACAAGGCUGAUCGGAACUUGAGCAAGGCGGAGGCGGGAAAGUCCAAGAAGUCGACGGCGGGUUCAUCGGCGUCCUCAUCGUCCAGCAAGGCGGAGCGAAACAGCGGUGCCUACUCGGACAAGAGUGGCGAUGACCAUGUAAAUAGUAGCAACCGUAGCACCACCAACAACAACAGCAGCCUUAACAACAACAACCAUAAGCACGCGUCGCACCACAGUCACAACAACAACAACAACAGCCACCCAACGACGGCAUCGGCUACAACAACAGCAACAACGACAACGUCGCAGGGAUAUCAUAAUAAUUCGAAUCAUAGUCAUAAUCAAAAUAAUCACAACCACCAAACCCCCUAUUCACACCACACCCACCACCACCACCACACCACUAAUAUUUUCAGUAACAAACAUAAAUCCAAAACGCACCACUCCCUAACCCAUAACAACAACAACAACAACAAUCACACAACAAACGCAACAAGCACAUCACAACACCUCCCAGUAACCACGAACAACAAUUCAACGUACAACUCCUCCAAUCAUGCGAAUAUUCUUAGCUUCACCGAAACGGAGGAGGUCCUGCAAAUCGGAAUGCAUAAGGUGCUCGUCUAUGUGAAGAACCAUCGCGAUGCCUGGCCAUUUGUGGAUCCCGUGGAAGAGGAUAUAGCACCGCGCUAUUACUCGAUAAUCAGGAGACCAAUGGACCUACUGAAGAUGGAAGACAAGCUAGACAGUGGGGAAUAUCACAAAUUCAGCGAAUUUCGAAAUGACUUUCGCUUGAUUGUCAACAACUGCAGAUUGUACAACGGGCACAAUAAUGAAUACACAGAGAUGGUAAACAAUCUGCAGGAUGCUUUUGAAAAGGCAACCAAAAAGUACUUCGAGAAUCUCUCCGAUGACGAGGACGAUGAUCCCAAUCUGAGCUAUCCUGCCGCUGACUCAAAGAUGAAUGUAUUCCGUGAAAAGUACUUCAGCAAGAAGUCCAAGGAUGAGACGGAGAAGGAUGCGCCAGGUCGUCUGGAAAGUAGCGCCGAAGAGGAUAUCAGUGAGGUUGAAGCGGAAGCCGCACAAAAAGCCCAAAAACGCAAGCGCAAGGAAAAAGACAAACGACGUAAAAAGAAAACCAAAAGCAAGGCUGAUCUGGAAACGGAUGAUGAGGAUAUGGAACCCGAGAGGAUACCAACACCACCGCCACUUCCACCUCCGCCAUCAGGCAAGAAAAGCAAAACGGGCAAGGUAGCCAAGGAAAAGGAGAAGGAAAAGGAGAAAGAUAAGGAUAAGGAUAAGGAGAAGGAUAAGGAGACCGCUUCUUCCAAGCGGGGACGCAAGACUAAGGGCGAAAAGUCCGCGUCUAAGCCCAGCAAACAGCAGCAAAAGACCAAAAAAGGUGCCAAGAAGUCGGCGCUCGAAUCGGAUCCAGAAUCGGAUCCCAGCAACAGCCGCGAGAGCGAGGACUACAGCGAUGAUGACCAAAUAUCCUUGGCCAAAGCCAAAUCCUUGAUCAAGCCCACAGCUCGAACGAUAGCGGCCCAAAAAAAGAAAGUUGUACCCGCUGAAUCCAAGGUAAAGAUGCCCACCCCAGUCAAACGGCAAGUAAAAGGUAAGGGCAAGGGUGGACGCAAGGUUAAAGAUGACUCACUGGACAGCGAGCAAUCCGAUUUGGAUGUAAAGAAACAGAUGCCACCAACGGCAGCGGCUGCUUUAGCUGAAUCCGCCGCCGAGCUGGAAGAUGAUGAGGAUGAUCAGCCCGCGGACGAAGACGAAGAUGAGGACGGCUCGCGGUCACGCAGCAUGUCGCCCUUCAAGGUUGAUCUCCACAAAAAAUACUCAAAAAGUGCCCUUAACGAUGAUCUCUCCGAGCUGUUGACCACCGUAAAGAAGGUUCCCACAGCGGAGACCACAAAACUAAGUGCUCGGCACCAGGAUGAAGCGGAUAAUGAUGGCGAGAGAUCCUCCCGAGAGUCUGACGGGGACUUUAAAUCCCUGAGCAGCAGUCGGGCUAGUUCCGAGGAGCGUCCGCCGGUGCCAAAAAAGGGUAAAAAGGGAGAAAACUCCAAAAAGGAGAAGGAAAAGAAGAGUAGGGAUAAGGAAAAAGAUAGGGAUAAAGAUAAGGAUAAGGACAAAUCCCGCAGCGCCAAGCACAAGAAGAGUAAGGAUGAAUCCCCGCUUUCGGCAGCCGCUGCGGCAGCUGCAGCCGAGCAGGCCGAACUGGAGAUGCUGCUGCCCUUCAUGGACAAGUACGAUGUGAUCAAGUACCGACGUAGUCGUGCCGCCCUCAGUGGCUCCAGUGCCUCCAACUCGUUAGCUCCUUCCGAGGACUCCAAACCAGCAAGCACCAAAAGCAAUAGGGAAAGCAAAAAAGCCACUGCAAAGCGGGAAAAGUCGCCCGAUCCUGUGGAGCACAAGCGCGGACGGAAGAGUAAAGAUCAAAAGCGUUCGAAGGAGUCGGAUAAAGUGGAGAAAACUGAUAAAACUGCCAAAGCCGACUCCGAGAAACACUCUGAGAAGUCUAAGAAAAAGGAGGAAGUACCGAAAGUAGUGGAAAAACCUCCAAGAGAGAAAUCACCUGUACCGAUAGUACCACAAGAACCGAUAAAGGAACCUCCUGCUCCAACUCCAGCACCUGCCACCGCACCCAGCAAAGUAAAAGAAGCUCCUGCCAAAACGGCGGCUAAGAAAAGACCCGACAAGCAAAUGCCGCCGCCUCCGAAACCUGCCGAUAAACCAAGUGAAAAGGGGUCUGGUAAGAAAGCAUCCAGCAAAAAGGCAGCCCAGAAAGCAGGCCAACCGCAGACCAACAAUAACACAAAUCUGGAAGCUUUGGAUGUGGAAACCGAGCAGACCCUCAAAGACAUAAAUCGUUGGCUGGAGCACACGCCACGCUUUACGGAGUUCAGUUCGGCUAGCAAUUCACCAUCUCGUUAUAAUCUGUUGGAUGAUUUCGACUCGGGAAUCGGAAGUAAACUGGAUGCAGCAGAUUUUCGAAGACCAGUGGCAUUGGCUGCUCCAAAAGCAGAAUUGGUACCUACUAAAUUGGCGGAGGCUCUCAAUGAACUUGUCAGCGAACCGAAAGUGGCCGCCAGUAAAUCCGAAUCGGAAUCGGUGGCCCCAACGCCGAGCAGUGUGAGCAGCAGUUGUGGAACCCCACCACAUUCGAUGCACUCAGGAAAUUCCAUCGGCAGCACAUCCGCCACUGCAGCAUCCAGUUCGAAUUGCUCCAACAACUCGAUGCCCACGCCCUUGCCCGUGGCAGUGACCCCAACGCCAACACCCGCUCCUCCACCUCUGCUUCCCAUUCCCAAGCCAAAGGAGCCGAGUACCACGCAGCUGCUUCUGAAUCCACCACCACCGCCUCACAUCAAACAGCAACUGGCCAAGGAGGCCAAGCGCAAAUCCCUCAAGGAAAAGCAGGCGGCUCAAGCAGCCCAAGCUCAGCAGGUGAAAGCCAAGGCGAAUGUUAUGAGGACAAUUGAACGGCUUCAACCAGGCAAGGCCAAGGGUAAUCUUCUGCAAAAUGUAGCCACUGGCAAACCAACGGAGGAAACCGGAGACUCUCACGCGGGUGUAAAUCCGGUGGCCACUAAGGUUAAGGAGCUGAAGAAUGCUCUCAUCACGGAAACCUGUGAAGGAGCACCGAAACUGAGUUUGGGUACAGUUCUUAAAACCCAGGACUUUGCACUGGGCAAAUCUCUCGGGGAAAUGUCAGGAAAGAAAGUCACAGACGAGGAUGACAGUCCCAACGAGGAAAGCAAAUCAGAGAAGCCUUCGACACCUACAACACCGAACAAAGAGGCACCGAAACCGUUUGAAGCUCUUUUGGAACUCAGUAAAAUAGGGAAAUCCUCAGAGGGAGCAAAGGCGGAAGCGAGUCAAAAAGAGAAGCCCAAUCUUAGCGCCUGGCUUAAAGCUUUCGGUGGUCCAAAGGUUAGUAAAAAGUCCGAAGAGGAAGAGAAGCAGCAGACGUCUGCGCAAGAUCAUCAAGGCGAUGCCAAGGUGGCUCCACCAGCUCAUUCGCCUGCUGGGGAUAACUUCUCCCUGCCAACGGUGAUGCGUCAAAGAAAACCCAGCACCGGAAGCACGAACUCGGAAAGGAGCUCAUUUAGCCAGGAUCCGGAUUCGCCAAGAAUAGCCAUCGAUGAGCGGUACGGAUCGUAUGCGGCUGGUUCUUAUACCUCGCCAAUCGGUGCCUCACCCAUUGGAGCGUCUCCCAUAAUGGUUUCCCCCAAGCCCAAUGAUGAUAUGGGCAAACCAGCCUCACCCUAUCCCCUGAAUGGAGCUAUCAAAGUGGGAUUCUACCAGGACACCACGACCAAAAGCAGUCCGGACAAGAGUUGCAGCCCCAGGGAGAUGAACUCUCCGUAUCCCCAGUACUCCCAGCAUAUCUACUCCUCCGCCUCGUCGCCUAAUGUGUCUACUCCGGACAUGAGUGGAACUUCUCCCUACGGCGGUGGAAACAGCUACAAUCCCUCGGGCUCAGAGGCGUCCAAGACCCCGGCCUACUCUUCCACAUCCCCGCUUCCCAUUUAUGACCAGUACAAGCAGCCGCGCUCCCAGGAAUCCGACUACAACUCGUCGAUGAGUCCGAGCACCCCGAAUCCACACUCGCCCUACCAGCAGCCCCAGAGUUCUCCGUACACCACGCCGCAGCAAUCGCAGUCGACGCACCCGUCGCCAUAUCACGGCCAGUCGCCGUACCACCAGCAGCAGCACUCACCAUAUCAUCCACCCGCCACCCAGCAGCAACAGCAAUCCUCGCAGCCAUCCCACAGUCCGGCGGCCCACCAGCAGGCGCUCAGUCCCAUGCACAGCGUGGAAUCCCCGGCAUCCUCGGCAGCCACCCAACCACCCACUCCGCUGGCUCAGUCGCCGGCGGAGCAGCAGCACUCGCCGUAUCAGCAGCCCGUGCUGUCCCCCUAUCAGCAACCGCAGCAACAGGUGCAGCCGCCUGUGGUGCCGCCUGUACAGCCAGCAACAAGUGCUGUGCCUUCAGCGGCUCUGAGCAACAAUGGUUAUGCGCCCACUCACGACAGCUACCAGCAACUGCAGCAGCAACAGCGAUCCUUGUAUAAUCCAGCCACUUUGAUUAAUCCUCUGCCGAGUUCUACAACUGCAACUGCCUCUAUAACCAAGCCGAACAAUGAUUGGAGCCUGAAUCGCAGCCUGUUGCCGCCUAGCAUUACCAAUACUGUUAAUCAGGCAACGCAGCAGCAACAGCAGCAAUCUGGGCAGUUGCAACAACAACCGCAGAUGCAGGCAACAACCCAACAACAGCAGCAGUUACAGACAACACCUCAACAGCAGCAACAAUUGCAAGCCCCACAGCAACAGCAGCAACAAUUGCAGACACCGCAACAACAGCAGCAACAGCAGUUGCAGACACCGCAGCAGCAACAACAGGUGCUGGGGCAUCAACAGCAACAUAAGCCGAAAUAUCCAACCUAUGCGCAAUAUCAGUCAACAAAUGCCGCAGCUAAUGCUGCAGCAGCAGCAGAUGCAGUGGAUACCAUGCAACAACAGCAACAACAACAGCAAAAGAUUGUGCCGCCCACUUAUGGCAGUGAUAUGGCCACAUUUAUGCAGCAUCAAAUGCAGCAGCCUCCCAAAACCGAUACAUUAAUAAAUCCGCUCAAACGACCUGGAGAGGUGGGCAUGGAUUACAGUGGAAAUGCGGCAAAUAAGAUGCCAAAAAUAGACGACACUGCCGCACAGCAGCAGCAACCGCAGCCUCAGUUGCAGCAACAACAACAGCAACAAACACAGAACCAAACGCAAUCCUUGCUCAACAAACAACAGCAAAUGUUUAAUAGUUUCUUGGGUUCCAUGGCUUUCGGCAAACCGAUUGGGAACAUUGCACCGGAUAAAGCAUUUGAGAUGUAUAACAGAGCUGCGGCUAUGGGUUUCCCCAAGGACUUUGCGAAAGACAACAGUUGUCAGCUGCAGCAACAGCAGCAGCAGCAAUCACCGCAAGUGGCUAGCAACAAGCAGCAGACGCCCCAGCCACAGCAGCAACAAGAGAGACAACAGCAAACGCAGCAUAUGAUUGGAAUGGGUCACCAGCAACAGUCUAGUCUGGAGAUCCUGCAGUUGCAGCAGCAGCAGCAACAACAGCAGCAAAACCCGACUCAAAAGUUGCCACAGCAACAGCAGCAGCCGCAACAACUUAACUACCAGCAACAGCAGACGCAACUUAACCACAAUUAUACAGCUCAGCAACAGCAAUCUGCGGUGUCUGACAAACCUACCACAACUCAGUCUGCAGUUGCUGCUGCGGUCAGUGAUGCCAGCAGCAACAUGAUGCACCUGCCGUCAACCGCCCAUCAGCAUCAUCUCAGCCAGACGCAUCAUUUGGCCGCAUACAACAAGCCAACACCGCCUCCGCCUCAAACCUACAGCAAUCCCUUGAUGCAGUCGAUGCUGGGCUAUGCCGGAAACUACUUCGACAAGACCAUGCCGCCGGCGGCUCAUAUGUACAGUGCCUCAAGUUCGGCGGCCACGGCUUACGGCAAUCCGGCGCAGCAAUUGCCCGGUAAUUAUGUUCCCGGCAACAACAAUCCCGCACACCAGCCACAGCAACAACAACAACAACAACAACAGCAGCAGCAGCAACAACCUGCUGCAGUUGCUCCAGUCGAAGUCAAGGCUCCAGCGAAAAGAGGAAGGAAAAAGAAGGCAGCCACGAUUGCAGCGGAGGCAGCCAAGCAACAGCAGCAGCAACAACAACAGCAGCAACAAGUUGCUGCCCAACAGCAACAAGUGGCCGCCCAGCAGCAACAGCAGCAGCAACAACAACAACAACAAGCUGCAGCCCAACAGCAGCAGCAACAACAAGUGACCGCACAGCAGCAGCAGCAACACCAAGCCAUGCCACAAUACAAUACCGCUGCCACUAAUAAUCAGCUACAGGCGCAUGCGCAGGCGCUGCAUCAAGGCUUCCAAUUGUAUGCGGGUUUAAAAUCCGGAGGAGUAUCCUCGCCAGUUGGCAGCACAGCAGCAACGCCGGCAACUAGUGGAACCACCAGCAAUCAAACGGCUGCUGAUGCAGCCGCCAUUUCGCUGAAAACAUCGACCGGUGGAAUGGUACCGGGCAGUGCCUUCAAUUUUGCGCCUGCUCCAGGAGCACUGGGCUUGUAUGGCGACCAAGCGGCGGCGGCCAGUAGUUAUCUGGAUCAGUUCAGGGAUGCUCCCAACCCCUACUAUAUGCCACCGGCGCCGGCGCACAGCGGAGCAACUGCGAAUCCGGGUGGCAAUGCAGCGGAUAAGAGCCAGAACCCACUGAACACGGCUGCCGGAUCGUAUCCCUUCCUAGCGGCGGCACAUCCUUCUUCGCGGGCGGCGGCUGCUGCAGCCGCUUAUCCGUUUGCGGAUCCCAACUCGCAGCUGUACCAGCAGUACCUACGACGCGAUGACUUCCACACGCGGAUGAUCUUUAACCAGAGUCUGCUGGGCGGGCCGGCCGCGGCGGCGGCAGCAGCCGGUUAUGGACAGCCGCCGCCGCCGCCGUCCGCCUACCAACGCGCCACAUUGGGCAUGCCCAAGCCGUACGACAUCAAUCGGCAGUCAUGGUUUUAGCAGUACGCCAGUGCCGCCAACGUGGAUCUCCAAGGGGACGACCUGACGGGGGCGGCAACUGGAACAGCAUCGGGAUCAGCGGCAGCAUCAGCUUCGGCGGCAGCCACACAGCGAUAAGUUCGAAGGAGUCUACAGGCUUAGAAAGGUUUCAAACCAGAAGGCAAAUUGGUUCCAAAGAGGUUAGGAAACACCAGAGUUUUUGUUUCGUUUGGUGGAAUUGGAUUGGUUAUUUAAUUUUUUUUAAAUCUGAUCCUUAUAUUUUUUAACCCCGAUCUUUGUGUGUUAAUGUUCACACGCUUUUUUAGGUUUAUUAUUUAAAUUAUUCAGAGUUCCGAUUUAUCCGUUCAAACUUAUUGUCUUGAGAAAUACUUCAAAAACUUGGUAUUCCAAACUCCGUUUUAUAAGAAAGGUUUUUAUCAGAACUUAAAUUUCUGCUAGGAAUCAGAACUUUCGGUGUAUGUACAUGUGGUGAAUUUAUGGCGACAUGAUUGUUUUGUACUGAUAUUUGAUCUUAUUUGCGAGACUCGAAUUCCACUGCCCCUCCCUCAAUUUUCGAUUUUGUUGUAUUUUAUGACCAUUUUCUUUUGUGCAAUGUUUCCUUUUGACUGCAGUUGCGCCCUGGACUUUGGCCACGCCUAAUUAGCAAGUUUUUUGGUCCCUAGUUUGUAUUUUUCAGUAGUCUUUAGGUUCUAUGUCUCCUGUUUAAUUGACAAUUAAUUUUAAUAGGUUUAGAAAUUAGGCCUCUAAUAUUAUUUAAUUGAACUUAAUUUGCUUAAAAUGCUUCACAAAAGAAACUAAGCAGAAAGGCAAAGCAGAAAUAAUGGAAAAAAAUUCAAAGAAUUACUCUAAAGCUCCCCCUGACUAUAAUUAGAAUUUAGUUUUUUCCAGAAUUUAACUCGUAACUAUAGAACUCGUGUAAAUUAACUACGAUUAUUAAUUUUAUUACUAUUGAUUAUGUACUAUGACUAUUAUAACUAUUAUCGAUUCGUGCUGCGGGCGAUUUGUUGAAAUAUUUAUUAAUCCAACUAAACAAAGAGAUUCGCAACACACAACUAAAGCUUAAAUCUAAGUGAGGAAAACUCUUUUAGUUUGUAGAACGCCAAGCAGAUGUAUAAAUUUUUGUUAAAUAUGCUUAGUUAAAUAUACGGUCUAAUCUUUAAGUUCCCCUUCAAGUAAAAUAAACCAAUGUAAACCCACAGAGCUCACAUAUGUGCAACAUUCCGCCUCAAUCCCUCAUCCCCUCCAAUCCCCUCAAAAAAAAACAUUUGCUGUACAUACAAGAAGUAAACAAAAAAAAAAACAGACAAGUAAAAACGUUUGUCGUUUUUACACAUCUCAAAUUGUAGCUUUAAACCUUGUAAGAAAUCGAUCGAUAUAGAUUUGACGAAAAGCAAAACAAUUGAAAUUUAAGAAAUAUGAAUGAAAAAGUGUCUUAGUCGCUAUUAAAAGCGAGCAGAGCAGAUGAAACGCAUUAACCGAGCGCCCAUAAUAUUAUUAAUAAAUAUAUAUAUAUAUAUAUUAUAUAGUGAAAACAAUAAACAAAAGAACCCGUAUUCAGUUAAGUUGUUAAAGCUUUCGUUUUGCAAACGUAAAUUUUAAAUUUCAUUACGAUAACAUAGUUGAUAAACCUCAAAUGAAAGAGGAGCGAUACGAAAUUGCGAAGAGACGGUACCUAGAGCAUAAAAGAGCAGCAACAAACAUAUUUAAAGAACCACAAGCUAAAUAUUAUAUUAAUAAUGAACAUGUACACAUAAAUUAUAUAUAUAUAUAUACAAACAUAUAUAUUAUAUGCAGUAAGUGCAGCGAGUGCACAUUAUACAUAAAUCCGUAUGUAUAGGCAACAGCAGCAGCAACAAAAGUAAAUUACAAUAAAGAAUUCUAUUGCAUAUUGUACGAAAAAA